AUGGCUUCUAAGAACCAGAACAAACCUCCAGUACCCAACACUUCCACACCUUCAACCCCUUCAAAUGUAAGUGUAGACGAGGUCUUGAUUGACAAGAGGCGAAAGAUCGGAGUUGGAAGAAUGGUAGGCCCGGCAAAUACUACCAGAACCCGGCAAGCAUUUUCAGUAGUGAAUGGGGGUCAAGAUCUGGCUGCAGCAGGCAGGCCGGCAAGUAAUGCUGGAUCAGAUUGUGGUGUAACUGAGUUUACCAAAGAGGAUGUCGAGGCAUUAUUAGGUGAGAAGAUGAAGACAAAGAAUAGAUUUAACCUCAAGGAGAAAUGUGACCAAAUGCUGGAGUAUAUAAAGAAACUAAGGCAAUGUAUCAGAUGGUUUCAAGAGAAUGAAGGAACCUAUCUUUUAGAGCAAGACAGGCUUAAGAAUUUGUUGGAAUCAGCAGAAAAGAAAUGCAUCGAUAUGGAGACGCUAAUGAAGGCAAAGGAAGAGGAACUGAAUUCGAUUGUUAUGGAGUUGAGAAAAAAUUAUGCUUGUUUACAGGAAAAAAUAGCAAAGGAAGAGACAGAUAAGUUGGCUGCAAUGGACAAUUUUACAAGAGAGAAAGAUGCUAGGGUUGCUGCGGAGAAGUUGCAGGCUUUCCUUUCGGAAGAGCUCAAGAGAGCUCAACAAGACAACUCAAAUGCUAAUCAGAAGAUACAAUCGCUUAAUGACAUGUACAAACGAUUGCAGGAAUACAACACAAGUUUGCAGCAGUACAACAGCAAACUUCAGUCGGAACUUGCUACAACCAACGAUACCCUUAAGCGUGUGGAGAAAGAGAAAGCUGCUGUAGUGGAGAACCUCAGCAUUCUUCGGGGUCACUAUACAUCCCUGCAAGAUCAACUUACUGCUAGUAGAGCUUCUCAAGAUGAGGUUGUGAAACAAAAAGAACUUCUAGUUAAUGAAGUUGGAUGCUUGCGGGGGGAAUUGCAACAAGUGAGAGAUGAUCGUGAUCGUCAGUUAUCACAUGUUCAAAAUUUAACGACCGAAGUUGUGAAAUAUAAAGAGUGUACCGAAAAAUACAGGGCUGAGUUGGAUAGCCUGGCUAUAAAUUCAAAUGAGCUGGAGGUUAGAUGCUUAUCUCAAAGUGACCACAUAACAAGACUGCAGGAACACCUUGCUGUUGCAGAGAAGAAAUUACAGAUGUAUGAUUUGUCCACGUUGGAGACAAGAACAGAAUAUGAAGAGCAAAAAAAACUUCUUUUUGAGUUACAAAGUCGGCUUGCUGAUGCAGACCUGAAAAUUAUAGAAGGAGAGAAACUACGUAAAAAGUUACAUAAUACAAUACUGGAACUAAAGGGGAACAUCCGGGUUUUUUGUAGAGUGAGACCUUUGCUAUCCGAUGAUUGUGCUAGCUCAGAAACAAAGGUUGUCUCUUACCCAACAACAACUGAAGCACUGGAGCGGGGCAUUGAGUUGACGCAAAAUGGGCAAACACAUUGUUUCAUGUUCGACAAAGUAUUCACAGCUGAUGCCCCGCAGAAAGAUGUUUUUGUAGAAAUAUCACAGCUUGUACAGAGUGCUCUUGAUGGUUAUAAGGUUUGUAUUUUUGCUUAUGGUCAAACUGGUUCCGGAAAAACCCAUACAAUGAUGGGCAAACCGGGAAGUCCUGAUCAGAAAGGUCUGAUGCCACGCUCUCUAGAACAGAUAUUUGAGACUAGGCAAGCACUUCAACCCCAAGGCUGGAAAUAUGAAAUGCAGGUAUCAAUGCUGGAAAUAUACAAUGAAAAUAUACGUGAUCUGUUAUCAACAAAUUCAUCACGAACAGAUAAUGGAGUUGCGGGAAAGCAGUAUGCCAUCAAGCAUGAUACGAAUGGGAACACUCAUGUCUCUGAUCUAACCGUUGUGGAUGUCCGCAGUAGUAAGGAGGUUUCAUAUCUGUUAGAUCGGGCUGCACAAAGCAGGUCUGUAGGCAAAACCCAAAUGAACGAACAAUCUUCAAGAAGUCACUUUGUCUUCACUAUGCGAAUAUCUGGUACAAAUGUGAGUACCGAUCAACAAGUACAAGGUAUCCUGAAUCUUAUUGACCUUGCUGGUAGUGAGCGCCUCUCUAAGAGUGGGUCAACUGGGGACCGGCUGAAAGAAACUCAAGCAAUCAACAAGAGCUUAUCAUCUUUGAGUGAUGUUAUAUUUGCCUUGGCUAAGAAGGAGGAGCAUGUACCAUUUAGAAACUCAAAGCUUACUUAUCUACUCCAGCCUUGUCUAGGAGGAGACUCGAAGACCUUGAUGUUUGUCAAUCUUUCCCCAGAUCCUGCUUCAGUGGGUGAGUCUCUCUGUUCGCUUCGAUUUGCAGCAAGGGUUAAUGCUUGUGAGAUUGGGAUUCCCCGGCGUCAAACUAGCCUGCGAUCUUCAGAAUCUCGUUUGAGCUUAGGCUGAUUUUUGUUAUGAUAACACUGUAGUAGUUUAAUUUUAGAGAAUCGCGUGAUUUGCAUCGGCGUAGCAUUGAUUGUUAACUGAGAAUUAAAAGCAUUUCUAACAUCUUCAGCAUAUACUUUGUAUAGUAGAGAGGACAAUGGGCUUGUAUUAGUAAUAACCAGGGGAUGCCCUUUUUAAUCAUUAGAUUUGUAUUUAUGAAGAUAUUUGUUUGAAUUUAUUUCUAAACAUUCUUCAUUCAAGACUG